ACCCACUAUCCAGCUUCGGCAACCAAAAACCCUUUUCUUCCAAGUGAGAGCUGCGAUUCCUCGGCUUCAUUCUCCUGACUACCUCUUCACCAGCUCGUCGCCUCCGCCGCUGUCUACCGUAUGCUCGGAAUCCAGUUCGUCACUUCCUGAACUCGCCAAUACCGUAUCCUGCUGCGACGUUUCCAUCCCAGUCGUCGCUCCACCGUCGUCGCACGACCUAUUCACGGCCCCGCCUCCAAGGCUCUGCUGCAAAGGGUUUUUCUUCUAUUCGCUGUUGAAAUGGGUUGGAAGGCAGCUGAAAAGCUCAUCAGACACUGGAAAGUACUAAGAGGAGAUAAUGUCAUGAUUAUUAGGGGCAAGGAUAAGGGCGAGUCUGGUGUGAUUAAACGCGUCAUCCGCUCUCAAAAUCGUGUUAUUGUCGAGGGAAAAAAUCUAGUUAAAAAGCACAUAAAAGGAGGUGAAGGUCAUGAGGGAGGAAUCUUUACAGUCGAAGCUCCACUCCAUGCCUCCAAUGUCCAAGUUGUCGACCCAGUCACAGGGAGGCCCUGCAAGGUCGGGAUCAAGUACCUGGAAGAUGGUACCAAGGUAAGAGUUUCAAGAGCAUCCGGAUCCAUAAUUCCACGCCCUGAGAUUUUGAAGAUAAGGACGACACCGAGACCUACUGAAGCUGGCCCGAAGGAUACUACGAUGGAUGUGGUGCUGGAGAAGACAUACGACUCUAAGACUGGGAAAGGCAUGCCUGAUCUUUGAAACAAAUCCAACUGCACCCACCUUCAAAAUCUUAGGUUAUCUGUUAGACUGUCAAAUAAUUGUCUUCGACAAUCGACGGGAACGUUUUACAGAAGGGUUUUGUUUCUUGUUGAUUUUGUGGAAACCAAUAUUUGAUAUAACCAUAUUUACUAGAAAGACUCGUUGCCU